AUGGCUGGCGGUGCGAUGAAAUAUCGUCACUUGGGGCGAAAAUCCUCACAUCGACGGGCCCUGCUCCGAAAUCUAGUCACCUCUCUCUUCACACAUGAAUCGAUAACGACGACAUGGCCCAAGGCAAAGGAGGCCCAGAGACUGGCGGAGAAGCUGAUUACACUUGGAAAGAAGAACACAGAGGCCAGCCGGAACAGAGCAACGACCUAUUUCUUCGCACCUCAUAAAAUGCUGCCAAAGCUCUUUGGACCUCUUCGAGAACGCUACAUGGACCGACCAGGCGGCUACACCCGAGUACUGCGCAUCGAACCCGAGAAGUCAGAUCAGGCCCCCUCCGCCAUUCUUGAGCUGGUAGACGGCAAGCGAGACAUGCGGUUUGCCAUGACUGCUAAAACGCUUGCUCACCAGCGAGUCAAUGGAGAAGAAGAGAUGAAUGAAAUCACAGCGAAGAACGUGGCGAAGGUGACGAGAUACAGACCCGACGGAGAAGCAGCGCUGGAGAAGGAGGUGAAGAGGUUAUUCAACGAAGUGAAAGGCCGCCGACGCUGA